UAUAUUUACAUUAUUUCAGGAAUUUAGACAAAUUAAAUGAUAAAAUGAGUGAUGAGGGUGGAGGAACCCCUCCUGCUCAAGCAGGCCCCCCUCCUCAGGGGUAUCCAGGAUAUCCUCCUGCAGGAAGCAAUCCUCCGUAUGGCGGACCACCUCCCCCUGGGGCCUACGGCGGUCCCCCACCCCCUGGUGGACCACUUUCAGGACCUCCUGGACCACCCAACGGUGGACCAGGCUAUGGUGGACCACCACCUAACCGAACCAUGGGCUACACUGGUCCUCCAGGAGGGCCUGCUCCUGGACCUCCUGGUGGUCCACCCGGUGGUCCUCCUGGAGCUGUCGGAGGUCCUAGACCUCCGGGCCCUCCUGGUGGAUAUGGACCACCCCCAACAGACAUACAGAAAUUGCAGAAUUCGAUUAACGCAAUGGAGGAACGAGGUAUGACUGGGGAUCCCCGGUAUAACCAGGCCCGUCAGCUCCAUCAGUCCCUGGUCUCCCAGCAACCUUCUCCUGGACCUGGUGGAGAUCCAGCCAAUGGACCUGGUCUUCCACCAAUAGGACCUGGUGGUGCUAGUGGAGCAUUAGGGAACCCUCAAGUGAUGCAAUUGAGAGCUCAAAUAAUGGCGUACAGGAUGCUAGCUCGGCACCAACCUCUCCCGCCACAAAUAGUUAUGGCUGUACAGGGUAAGAGAACUGAUGGUCCACCAGCUGGACCUCCAGCUGGGCCUCCUUAUCCAACUACACGUCCUGGAGGUCCUUCUCCUGGUAGCGGAUCACAGACACCUCCACCUCCUACAUCUACUCCUGCCUCCACAACACCCACUACCGCUGCUACAGCUCCUCCUACUACGUCUACUCCUCCCACCACUAAUGGAGCAGCUCCGCCUCCUCCUCGUCCUGUCCCAGGACCUGGCCAAAGUGGAGUUCAGCAGGGAAAACCCAACCGUGUUACACCCAUUGCUAAACCAGCUGGGAUUGAUCCUGUCACAAUUCUUCAGGAACGUGAAAAUCGUCUAGCCAGUCGAAUAGCUCAUCGAAUCGACGAACUCACUAAUCUCCCUGUCAACAUGGCCGACGAUGUGAAGAUGAAGGCGGAAAUAGAACUACGUGCACUCCGACUGUUAAACUUCCAGAGGUCUCUAAGAGCAGAGGUUGUUGCCUGCACCAGGAGAGAUACAACCCUGGAGACUGUUAUCAAUGUUAAAGCCUACAAGAGAACCAAACGUCAAGGUUUAAGAGAGGCGCGUGCCACAGAACGACUAGAGAAGCAACAGAGAAUAGAAUCUGAAAGGAAACGUAGACAGAAGCAUCAAGAAUAUUUAAAUGCUGUUCUUACACACUCCCGCGAGCUCCAGGCCUGGCAUAAAAACAAUCAGAUCAAACUGCAGAAGAUCAACAAGGCCAUCCUGGCAUGGCACGCCAACGCAGAGCGCGAACAGAAGAAGGAACAGGAGAGAAUUGAGAAGGAGCGUUUGAGACGUUUGAUGGCUGAAGAUGAAGAAGGAUACAGACUUCUUAUUGAUCAAAAGAAGGAUAAACGUCUCGCAUUCCUUCUCAGUCAGACGGACGAGUACAUCAACCAGCUUACCGACAUGGUCAGAAACCACAAGAAAGAGCAGAGGGCGAAGUUGAAGGAGAUGAAGCGAGCUCAGAAGAUCGAAGAGAUCGCCAGGAUCCCUGAAAGUCAGCAACGAGUUCCUUGUAAAAACAAGGUGACUGGAGAAGUAUUGAAAGGACUUAAUGCCCCAUUGGCUCUUGAACUUGAUAUGUUUCUGGAGAAAAAUCCUGAUUAUGAUGCCUUGCCCCGGGACUACAGCGAGAGUGAUGAAGAGACCGAGGACGAGGAGGAGGUUGAGAAGAAGGUUGAGAAAGUGGAUGAUGAGGAUAAACCUAAAGGUGAGUUAGAUGAGGUGAUGAGUGCAAUUGAGAAAGCUAAGAAAGAAGCUGAUGAUGAAUAUAAGAAGGGUAUGCAAGGAGAUACUAAUUACUACGCUAUUGCUCACACCGUGAUAGAGGAAGUUCACGAGCAGGCCUCCAUCAUGGUGGGAGGUACCCUCAAGGAGUACCAGGUCAAGGGUCUGGAGUGGUUGGUCUCCUUAUACAACAAUAACCUCAACGGAAUCCUAGCGGACGAGAUGGGAUUGGGUAAAACUAUUCAAACAAUUGCUUUGAUCACCUACAUUAUGGAAAAAAAGAAGAACAUGGGACCUUUCCUUGUCAUUGUCCCUCUCUCCACCCUGUCUAAUUGGGUCAUGGAGUUCCAAAAAUGGGCUCCAUCAGUAGUUGCUCUCGCAUACAAGGGUAGCCCUGUAGCUAGGAGGGCUGUGCAGAGUCAGAUUAGAUCUGGAAAGUUUAACGCCCUCAUCACAACCUACGAGUAUGUUAUUAAGGACAAGGCUAUACUUGCCAAGCUCAGAUGGAAGUUCAUGAUAAUUGACGAAGGGCAUAGGAUGAAAAAUCACAACAACAAGUUGACCUUCACCAUCAACACCUGCUACACAACCACUCACAGGUUGUUGUUGACCGGAACCCCGCUGCAGAAUAAACUACCUGAGCUCUGGUCUCUCCUUAACUUCCUCUUGCCGUCCAUCUUCAAGGCCUGCGAUACCUUUGAGCAGUGGUUCAACGCACCCUUCGCCACUACCGGAGAGAAGGUUGAGUUGAAUGAGGAGGAAACUAUUCUUAUUAUUCGUCGUCUGCACAAGGUUCUCCGACCUUUCCUACUCCGUAGGCUAAAGAAGGAUGUCGAGUCCCAGCUGCCAGAUAAGGUUGAGUACAUUAUCAAGUGUGAGAUGUCUGGUUUGCAGCGGGCCCUGUACCAGCACAUGCAGGAGAAGGGGAUUAUGUUGACGGAGCACGGUGGUAAGAAGGACGGGAAGGGAGGAACCAAGGCGUUGAUGAAUACUAUUAUGCAGCUCAGGAAACUUUGCAAUCAUCCCUUCAUGUUCCAGCAUAUUGAAGAGUCAUACGCGCGUCAUGUUGGUAUGCCUACUGACGUUAUCCAGGGUCCGGAUAUUUACAGGGCAUCUGGAAAGUUUGAGCUCCUUGACCGUAUAUUCCCGAAGUUGAAGAGAAGCGGUCACAGAAUCCUUCUCUUCUGUCAGAUGACACAGCUGAUGACCAUCCUGGAGGACUACCUCAACUGGAAGCAGUACAAGUACCUCAGGCUGGAUGGAACCACUAAGGCCGAUGACCGAGGUGGUAUGUUGAAGGAGUUUAACGCCCAGGACUCUGACCAUUUCAUCUUCCUGCUGUCAACCCGAGCCGGAGGUUUGGGUCUCAACCUGCAGACUGCUGAUACUGUUAUUAUAUUCGACUCAGAUUGGAAUCCUCAUCAGGAUCUUCAGGCGCAGGAUCGAGCUCAUAGAAUUGGACAGAAGAAUGAGGUUCGAGUUCUCAGAUUAAUGACAGUUAACAGUGUAGAGGAGAGAAUCCUAGCCGCAGCCAGGUAUAAGUUGAAUAUGGACGAGAAGGUUAUCCAGGCUGGUAUGUUUAAUCAGAGAUCCACGGGUAGUGAACGUCAGGAGCUUCUUCAGUCCUUGCUACGUGCUGAGGAGAGUGACGAUGAAGAGGAGAAUGAGGUUCCUGAUGAUGAAGUUAUUAAUCAGAUGAUUGCCAGAUCCGACGAAGAGCUGGAACUGUUUGAGAGGAUGGAUAUAGAACGAAGACGAGAAGAGGCGGAGCUAGGAGCGGAGAGGAAACCUCGUCUUAUUGAAGAAUCUGAACUCCCAGAUUUCCUAAAUCAGGAUGAUGACGAUCUGGCGGAUAUCGAGGCCGAGGAGGCCAGAAAGGAGCUGGAUCUAGGACGUGGGAAGGGACGAGGAUCUAAGAAGGAUGUGACGUAUCAGGAGCAUCUCAGUGAGAGAGAUUGGCUUAAGGCCAUCGGAGCUGAGGAUGAGGGGAGUGAUGAUGAUGGAUAUGAUGAUUCUCCAAGUAAGAAGAAGGGAGGAAGAGGAGGGAAGAAGAAGAGACGGGAUGACGAGGAUGAGGAUGAUGAACCGAAGAAGAAGAAGAAGAAAGCCAACAGGUCCAUGAUAAAGAAGAUGAAGAAGCUGGUUGAGGUUGUGAACCAAUAUCAGGAUGCAGAUGGUCGUGUACUCUCUGAACCCUUCUACCAGCUCCCUACUAGGAAGGAGCUGCCCGACUACUAUGAGAUCAUCAAGCGUCCUGUUGAUAUCGCCAAGAUUGAGCAGAGAAUUGAGAGUGAAAAGUACGAAGAUUUCGACGCUAUGGAGAAGGACUUUAUGCUGUUGUGUAAGAACACGCAGUUGUACAACGAGGAUGGAAGCCUCAUAUACGAGGACAGUAUCGUCCUCCAGUCUGUAUUCACCAACGCUAGGGAGAGAUUAGAACAGGAGCCGGAUGAGCCUGAUGAUGAUGAGGGUGAGGACAGUAUGAUGGUUGAGGAUGAGAGCUCAAGGAUGUCGACCAUGUCUAGCAGCAGCACGAGCUCAGCUAGGAAGAAGAAGAAGGAAGAGAAGGCCGCCAGGUCAAGUAAGAAGAAGAAGAAGAAGUAUGUUGAAAGUGAUGACGAGGAUGAUGAUUAGAUAUUAAUUGGUCCAAUAAUGAAUUAAUCUAAUCAAUAUAAUUGAUUGGUUGCUUUUUAAAUCUCAUUAUUAUUAUGUAAAAUAGAAUAAUUGUACCGUAGUUGUGGAAAUAUUUACAAUAAAUGACGUAUUUCACUUA